AUGGCGCUGGUCUCUACACGUCCAAGAAAAACUCUUGAGGCUGCAAUUGGAAAUAUUGGUAUUGAAGGAUACUUCAAUGUGAUGGUAGCUGCAGAAGAUGUUCAAAGGGGGAAGCCUGAUCCAGAAAUGUUUGAGUAUGCGGCACAACUUCUAAAAUUCAUACCUGAGCGCUGCAUUGUGUUUGGGAACUCAAACCAAACGGUUGAGGCUGCCCAUGAUGCCCGGAUGAAGUGUGUGGCUGUUGCUAGCAAGCAUCCUGUAUAUGAGCUUGCAGCUGCAGACCUGGUGGUUAGGCGCUUAGACGAGCUAUCUGUGGUUGAUUUGAAGAAUCUUGCUGUUAUUGAAUCCACUGAAUUUGGGUCAGGGGAACCGGAGUUGGAAAUGGAAGAAGAAGCCGAUCCAUCUCCGUCAACCAGGGUAACAUUUGAUGAUAAUUUCUGGUAA